AUGUCGCGCAUCCUCCUCGUCCUGACCUUCGCCCUCACGGCCUGGUCCGCCAGCAUCCUCCCCACCUCCGCCUCCAGCACAUUUCCACAAUGCGGUCUGUCCUGCACCGCCUUAACCAACGCCCAAACCUCCUGUGAAUCAGGCGCCGCCGCCUCCUGGACCUCCUGCUUCUGCCAAUCCUCCCUCCUGACCGGCCUCAAAUCCUCCGGCAGUGUCUGUUCCUCCUGCAGUACCGAGGACCAAGCGACUCUGUCCACCUGGUACAACAAUUACUGCAACGGCGGGAGUACCGCGACCACCACCAGCGCAAGUGCGGCGACUGGCUCUUCGACCUCUACUGCGACUUCCACCGGGACCGCGUCCAAAUCAAAUGCGAACACUUCGACUACUGAGGAGAACAAGUCAUGGUGGAGCACCCACUACAGAUGGAUCAUCAUGCUGAUCGUCCUGGUCAUCGGCUUCUCAGCCAUUGGCGCAGCCGGCGUCUGGUACAAACGCCGAUACGACGCCAAACGACCAAAUCUCUACCACGGCGGAAGCAGCGGCGCCUUGAGUACCGCCUCACCCCCUCGUGAAGCCGCAUGGGGUCCGGCCCCCAACAUGCCCGGUCUGCCAGCGGGGUCCGUGGCGAGUUCGCGGUCAACGGUGGCCAAGUCGAGCACGCCUGUUCCGCCCCGCUCUAAAUUGUCCAAGAUUGAUCAGCGCGGGGAUUUUGAGACGAGGCAGGUUUGA